AUGAAGAGCUUCAGCAUGGUCCUGGCCCUGCUCGCGGCCUCAGCGACCCAUAUCACAGCGCUUCCCACUGGAAACGAGGGUGCCGUCGAGGUCUAUGCCCGCGAGCCUGUCGAUGCGCCUGCCUACAAUGGUCCUCUAUUGGAUGUUCGCGAGGACGAUAGAACCGACUUGUCAAAGCGACACCACCAGGGCAAGAAGAAGCAGCAGACUAGCAACAACAACGCAGCUACAGGUAACGCGACAACUGCGGCUACCGGUGGUAGGAGAAAGCACAAGGGCAACAACAAGCGUGAAGUUGACCUAGUCGGCGAGGCAGCUCUCGAAGCCAGGCACCACCAAGGCAAGAAGAAGCAGCAGACCGGCACCAAUGCUGCAGCUACUGGCAAUGCCACAACCACUACUGGUGGAAGGCGCAAGCAUAAGAACAACAACAACAACAAGCGGGAGGUUGAGCUUGUUGAUGAUGCAGUUCUUGAGGCCAGACAUCACCAGGGUAAGAAGAAGCAGCAAACUGGCACCAACAACGCCGCCACUGGUAAUGCUACCACCGCAGCCACUGGAGGGCGCAGAAAGCACAAGAACAACAACAGAUCUCCGUUCGCUGACCUGAGCGAGGAGGUCUCUGCUGUCUUUGCUCGCCAUCACCAAGGCAAGACGAAGAACAAGGGAGGCGCAACUGCCGCAGCUACCAACGGCACCACUACCACAACCGGUGGAAGACGCAAGCAUAAGAACAACAACCAGCGCGAUCUCGAGACUCAGCUGUUUGACGAGGCUGAGAUCGUUGCCAGACACCACCAGGGAAAGACCAAGACCAAGGGCAAGAAGACCAAGACAACUACUACCGCCACUGCUGCUACUGCUACCGCGACUGUCUAA